AAGUAGCUCCUCUCCCAAGCACCAGAGUGUCUGUUGUCUGUUGUGUCCUGUGAACCGGAGCGUGAAAACCUACAAUAUGAAAAUCUUAGCGGUUUUCGCUUGUGUCCUGGCAGGCUGCCUGGCUCAGAAGCCCCACCCAUGCUCAAGUCCUCCUUUCCUGACUGGAGCCCUCACUGUGGUGAGUGUUUGUUUUAGAGUGUUUUUUUACCUGAGAGCAAGUACGACAUGUAAACUCACUCAUAUUAUCUGUCUCCAGUCCACACAGAAUGAAAAGCUGUGGACCUACAUCAGAUACGAGUAUGAUGCAAUGGGACAGAGGAUCCGGCUCAUGGAGCUGGGCAACUAUGAGAACAAGAGCUUCACCUACGAUGCUCUUCUGCUCUUCAGAGAGGCUGUCAUGUAUGAGAUUAAUCACAAAAACCAUACAUGCAAGAAAAGGCCUCUGAAGACAGACUUCCAACCCAUUGGAAUCCCCAAAACUGCAGCUCUGCUCGGCCAGGCUGUCGUGGGCAGCUCGUCUGGACCCGGACAGGGACUCCUGGUCAACACCUGGAUGGGAGAUCUGCCUGACAAGCAAGGAAAGUACCUGAGCACAGUCACUGAAUUUGGAUGUAUUCCUGUCAACUUGUCGUACCAAACUGCCGACUACGGAUGGGUGGUGUUAAGCUACUUCAACAACGUCAUUGGGCUUGCAGACCCGGGUCAGCUCAACCCUCCGGACUUCUGCCCCGAUGCAGAGAUGGAGGAUGGUGCAGAGGAGCCAGUCGACUUCGUCAGCUUGUUCCUUUAAAAGUGAUAAAGACCUCCUUGAACUCGUGUCACAAACUGUCUUUGAGAUUUUGAAUGAAAAUAAGUGAAGCCACUGAAUCAGAGUUGCACAUUUACUUGUGCAACAAACAUGCAUAAUUCAAAGCUUCUCAGACUAAAUUUUGCAGAAUUUAUAUUUUUUAUUGUUGAUGUCAUUUUUUCAUAUCACCAAUUGAUUAAACGCCUUUCAUGUAAA